AUGGCGACCGAAGUACAGGCAGCGCCACAACCAGAACCUGUCGCGACGGCGCCUGAAGUGAAUGACAAGACCAGCCAAACAAUGACGUCGGCCGAGGUCCCCAGUGCCGAGACUCUGCACAAAGUCGGCGAGUACACCGUCCUGGAUCGCAAGGGCGAGAAGCACACGUUCAAGAGUAUUCUCGAAGGCCCCGCUGCAACGGACCGGGUGCUGGUCAUUUUCAUCCGACACUUUUUCUGCGGAACCGUUCCACCAGAUGACAUCAAGAAGCUCCCCGGCACCUCUGUUGUCGUGAUUGGGUGCGGCGACCCAAGCCUCAUCGACUUCUACGCAGCCGAGACUAAAUGCCCUUUCGCCUUUUACGCUGAUCCAACCCAAAAGCUCUAUGACGACCUAGGCAUGACCCGUACGAUGGCCCUCGGGCCACGCGCGGAGUAUUCGCAGGAGGGUAUGGUGGGCAAUGCGAUCAAGAGCAUGGUGAGGGCUAUCAGGAAUGCGCCUUUCUCAUCACUAUUGAAGUCGGGGGAUGUGAAGCAGGUUGGGGGAGAAUUCCUCUUUGAGCCGAAUGGCGAAGGUGGCAAGAAGGUCUCGUGGUGCUACCGGAUGGAAAAUACUCGCAACCAUGCGCCGCUGGAGACUUUGAAGGCAGUGCUUGAUCCCGAAGGGCAGAUUUUGAAGAGAGCUUAG